ACAGCAAUGAUGCGGUGUACCGGGGUGUUGUUUUCUAGCUUUCAAAAUGAAUUUCAGAGUACCUCUGCUCAGACUGGUGCCAUUUCAAGCAUUAUAUCGUCCUUUUCCUUUUACGGAUGCACUCUAGGCGGAAUACUUGGGAAUCGCUUUGGCUGUCGGAUUGCAACCAUGAUUGGUGGUGUGCUCAGCAUCGUGGGAAUGGUAGGUGGCGCUCUCGCUAAAAAUAUCUAUCACAUGUACGCCACGUCCACAGUUAUAGGAAUCGGCAAUGGCGUUGCAUAUGCACCAGCAAUUGUUGUAGUCGCUAACUACUACGACAAACGCUAUCCGCUGGCGUGCGGAUUUAUGUCUGCUGGACAUGGCCUUGGAUUGACAGUAUUUGGCCCUUUCAUUCAACUUCUGGUCGACACCUAUGGCUGGCGGGGAGCUUUGUUGGUAACCGGCGCACUAAUUGGAAAUAUCUGCGCUGCGGGAGCUACCUUCCGUCCAAAGCCGCCAACCUGUAAGAAAGAGACGGUUCCUGCGGAUGAACAAAGCGAGGAAGAACUUAGUGCGCGCCAGGAUGUUUCCAGAAAAUCUGCACCGAGAAGAAAUCCCAUGAUGCGUGUAUUCUACAGGGUAUCCAAUGUCCUGCGGCUCUACUUGCUCUGUCAAAGUUAUCGAUUUGCAAUGUUUUGCUUUGCCCAGGCCGCCUACAUCUUCUGUUACGGGUCCUACCUUUUGUACAUCGUUCCCCGUGCCAACUCAUUUGGCAUUGAAGACCAAAGGGCUGCUUUUCUCCUCACUGCCUUCGGGAUUGGCAGUUUGGUUGCACGUCCUCUUUGCGGACUUCUAAAUCAAAAGGUGUCAUCUAUGGUCAUCUACCAAGCAUCGAUGCUCACCAGUGGCUGUUUUGUUCUGCUAGCGCUGCUAGACGCCUACCCUUACCUCGUCGUCUCUGCCGUCAUGGUUGGACUUGCAUUUGGGUUUGAGAUAACAGUGAACCGUGUGAUGAUGCGUGAGUUUGUUGGCGUGGAGAAUUUCGGCUCGGCUAUAGGACUCUACUCUGCCUUCGGAGGUGUUGCUGAUCUUACUGGCCCUAUAGCAGCAGGUGCCCUGUACGACGUCAGUGGAAGUUUUUCGCUUCUUUUCGGCAUUCUGGCAGUGUUUUCAUUCGUAGCAUCCCUAGCCAUGCUAUCAACACCACUGCUGAAGAAAAUGGAACCGGGCGUAUACAGCCAGGUAGUAGUGGACAACGUUUGACAGUUUCGACAGUGUUAUUUCAUUCCAGAGGUGUGUACAUUUCCAUCUGUCCCAGGCUUAAACCAGUUUCAUUACACUGUUGACUUUUCGUCGAAGCAAUCCAUGUUAUAAAGCAGUUAUUUACCUACUGCGCAACGGUAGCCCUUGAUUCCUUGCGAUUUGAUUUUAUAGUUAAAGAGUAAACUUCUUUGAAGUUAAACUGUUGGGUGAGCAAAAUUAAAAGCGCCAAAUUUCGCUAUUGAAAAUACCAAAAUAGACACUACAGUAAAUACACUGGCCUACUGUCAUGAGCUAAGACAACAGUGAUCCAAUGUGAACAAAAUCUGGGGCCACAAAAUGAGAUUUCCUUCUGGAGGACAUAAGGAUUUCGCUUUUGAAUAUGAACAUUUGAAACUACAAACCAAAGCAAAAGGGAAAGCUGAAAAUCAAGUUAAGUGGAACAUGUGGAAAUAGAACUGCCUUACUACAAAAUGACACUGACCGACCCUUCAAAAUUUUAUUUCAUUAGCAUACCUUGUACAACCCAAGCCGUAAUGCUAACUAAAGCUCCACGGUGCGUUCCACUAAAUGGUUGUAUUUCAGCGCGCGAGCUCAUUAAUAUUUUGUGAUCCCACGGGUUUUUUAC